AUGGUUUUGUUUUACCUGGCACACAAACUGCCGGGUCGUAGUCGAAGCUUUGUCUCAGACUUCGGAAUUCACUUCGCAAGGAAACCAGGCGCGCCUAUGGAGGCUGUGAAACUCAGUCGUCGCCGUAUUUCCAAUCUUGACUGCGACGGAUACCGCCCAAUGAAACGGCGGCUAAAUGGAAUGUGCCAUCUGGAGGGAGGUGGUAAUUGGCACAUGAACCUGCUGCCAGAGAAGACUUCCCCCACUACCAAUCCGACCUCGACUACGGCUGCUGCAGCUGCCGCAGCAGCAGCAGCGGCCGCCGCCGCUGCGGGCUAUCUUGCUGAUAUAAAGCCCCAACCACAACUAGCUGCCCCACAACCGACGUCGAAACAACCGUUAGAUUUUAAUCAUCAGCACCAGCAGCAGCACCAUCCCAAUGGAGCUGAGGGUCAGGUACAGGCCCCUCCUCCAACACACCAUCAAGCCAAUAAUCGCAGUGGUUGUGGUCCUCCUGCACCUGCUCCUCCUCCUGCUGCUACUGCCACUGCUCUACCUCCUCCACCCCUUCUGGAACCAUCCCAGCAACAACAACAGCAUCUUUCCUCUAUGGCACAUCCCGUUCUCCCACCCAGUCUCCGUGAAUCCGAGCGAAUGCAAUCGGUGGAACGGUGGAUAAACAGCAUCCCUCUGGACGCCCCAAUCUACGUGCAGACCUCGCUGACCCAGAUCGUGCCCAUCUCUGAUCCCAAAUCCUUCCCCGACGAACUCUCCGUUUCCGACCAUCUCCCCUCUGCUCCCAACAACUCCUCCUCUAUCAGCGCUGCUGGAGACACCUCUCGAGGUGGCGUUGGCAACUAUGACUACUACUCCCAACAGUCUCAAGUCGGCGGCUACGGUAGUGGAGGUGGCGGUGGUGGAGUGACAAGUCGAGGCAACACGACAACCGCUUCGACUAGUGGUAAUCCUCAUCUCGCGCCGCCUCCGCCUCACCAUCCCAGUGGUGGUGGUGGCGGCGGUGGUGGUGGUUACCAUCCUCGCGCCUACCAUGGAGGUAGCAGUGGUCAACCCCCGUUGCAUCCCCCUCCGCCUCCCCACCAUCCUGGACCUGCGGAUAAUCAGGGCAUCAGGGCACGCUCCUUCACUCGGGGUCCGCCCAAUCGCUUCUUCAACGACUACGAGACCCAGUUUGUUUUAUUCCGUGACUUCUUCGCGAACGGCAGUUGCCCGAGCCUCAACGAGGUGCGUCGUCGAAUGGCACACUCACAGUUACAGGGCCGUCGCAAUGCCAACAGCGUACGCGCCAAAGUGAAGCGAUUGCAGGCGAGUGGCCGAUGGAAGGACUAUGAGAUAAUAAAUGUUAUCCAGUUGAGUGGUUUGUUUAACUGCAUGGAUGUCUUGGCUACCACAGCUCUAGUUGCUGUUUCAAAAGUGCUGCUGCGUUGGUUGCACUGCUGUCAUAUGGGAGUCAUCUAA